CGUUCGUCUGUCAACACAGUUUCAUUUAUUGUUAUAACAACAGCCGGGCUGUGUGAAUGACGGUGAAAAAAAAAUAGAAUUGGCCCAUCAAACAGAAUCUAUCGCAACAUAAAACACCACCAUUUGUGAUUUCGAAUUAAAUUUUUUUGUCAUUUGGAAUUAAGUAGAAAUUAGCUAGAGCUGAAAAAAAUGGUUAUUACGGCCAGCACAUUACGCACACAAUUGGUUUCACUGACAAAUUUCAGCGGUACACACAGAGAACAUGCUGAUAAGUAUCGCGUCCUGUUGGACAGCAUUCUGUCGAACAAUGAAGCCGAAUUGGUCGACACACUCAAACUGUUUAUUGAAGCGAUUGUCAAUGAACAUGUCAGUUUGGUGAUUUCACGUCAAUUACUCACCGAUGUUGGCAAUCAUUUGAUGUCGUUAGCCGAUCAUGUUUCGAAGACCAUUUCGCAUUUCACACUGGAUAAAGUGCAACCGCGUGUCAUUUCGUUCGAAGAACAAGUGGCAAACAUUCGUCAGCAUUUGUCACAGAUCUACGAACGCGAAGAAAAUUGGCGAGAAGCGGCCAACGUUUUGGUUGGGAUUCCAUUGGAAACGGGUCAAAAACAAUACACAGUUGAUUAUAAGUUGGAAACGUAUUUGAAAAUCGCUCGCCUAUAUCUAGAGGACGAUGAUCCAAUUCAGGCCGAGGCGUACAUUAACCGUGCGUCACUGUUGCAAGGUGAAACCAAAAAAACAGAGCUCCAUGUUCUGUACAAGGUAUGCUAUGCUCGUGUUCUUGACUAUCGGCGCAAAUUCAUUGAGGCCGCACAACGAUACAAUGAACUCUCAUACCGUACCAUCAUCGAUGAGGGGGAACGAAUGACAGCACUGAAGAAUGCGCUCAUUUGCACGAUUUUGGCAUCGGCUGGUCAACAACGUUCACGCAUGUUGGCGACACUCUUCAAGGAUGAACGAUGCCAGCAUUUGCCGGCCUAUGCAAUUCUAGAGAAAAUGUACUUGGAUCGAAUCAUUCGUCGCUCGGAAUUGCAAGAAUUCGAAGCCUUAUUGCAAGUUCAUCAGAAGGCAAGCACAUUGGAUGGAUCAUCGAUUUUGGAUCGUGCCGUCUUCGAACACAACUUGCUAUCGGCCAGCAAGCUAUACAACAAUAUCACAUUCGAAGAAUUGGGCGCACUACUUGAAAUCGAUCCGAAGAAGGCUGAACGAAUCGCAUCGCAAAUGCUCACCGAAGAACGUAUGAAUGGAUACAUCGAUCAAAUCGAUGAAAUCGUUCAUUUUGAAACACGUGAAAUUCUGCCGCUUUGGGACAAACAAAUCCAGUCAAUUUGCUAUCAGGUGAAUGGUGUCAUCGAAAAAAUUGGAUCUGCCGAGCCGGAAUGGAUGGCAAAAACCCUCGAUGAAGAAAUGACUAACUAACCAAAUUUGAUGCUAUCAAAAUAAAAUCGCCUAUUUAAGAUGGAAAUUCGCAAAGAAAUUUAAAGUUUAAUAAAGAAAAUAUUCGUAUAAAAGUCAAGGA